AGAGCUACCCUUUGUAAACGGAAACGAGCUCGGAAGCAGCUUCCAUGGACCGUGGAGGCAUAGACGGGGACGAAAUCAUGAACAAGAGAAACUUCAGAUUCUUAUUCUGAGCAAAAUUUGUUGCAACGACGAAUCAGAUAGCUCUGCGUUCUGUCUCUGAAGGUGCAAUCGUCAGUUAUGGCAGCGCGGAUUCCCAAAAGGCUACUUCGUUGUUCUUCUGGCUUCUUGCACUCACUAGGACGAUGUUACUCUGAUUCACCUAAUGCUGGGUUUGCCUCUUUUUAUAAAUCACGUGAUAUAUGCAGCAGUUUAUCUGGGGAGAGACUGUUUUCUGCAGAUCGUUCUUUGGUCAAGUCAAUGAUCCGACAGUUUUCAACUUCUAUUUUAGCUCCUGGGGAUGAAGGUGCAUUUCCAUCUGAUUUAUUGUCCAGAAAACCUCUGGUAACAUCUGAGCGUACUAUAGGGCUUUGCCAGGAUCUUUUAAUUCCAGUUACCAACUUUUAUAAUGAAGACAAGGGCUUCAUGGUUUUACCUGGAGAUGUUUUUGAUUUGCCUAUUCGGAAGGACAUUAUUCAUCGUGUUGUUAGGUGGCAGCUUGCAAAACGACAACAGGGGACUCACUCAACAAAAACUAUCAGUGAGGUCAGUGGGACUGGGAAAAAGCCCUGGAAACAAAAGGGUACUGGUAGAGCAAGGCACGGGUCAUUGCGUGGGCCUCAGUUCAGGGGUGGUGCCACCAUGCAUGGCCCUAAGCCCCGAUGCCAUGCUUUCAAAGUCAAUAAGAAGGUAAGGCGUCUGGGGCUGAAGAUUGCUUUGUCAGCUCGUGCAGCAGAAGGAAAGCUUCUUGUGUUUGAGGAUCUGGAGGUUCCCACACAUAAAACCAGGAACAUUGUGAAUUAUUAUAAUCAAAUGGAGAACUCUAAGAAACUUCUGCUUGUAGAUGGCGGGCCUAUAGAUGAAAAGUUAAAAUUAUCUACACAAAAUCUACACUAUGUCAACGUACUUCCCUCUAUUGGAUUGAAUGUCUACAGCAUUUUGCUGCAUGACACAUUGGUGAUGUCCCGAGCUGCUGUGACCAGAAUUGUUGAGCGAAUGCGCACUCCAAUAAAUCGUUGAAGCUCUAACUAUUUUGUGCUUCACUUCUUUAACUUGGAUAAAGAAACAUUUCUGUAACAACAUAAACACAUCCAAUGAGAAUAUCUUUGGUACGAGGUUUCAGUUAAAAUUGCGUAAGUUAAACAAGUCAGGCCAUUUUGCCCUUGUAGAGGUUGGAACUUAGGAAUUUGAUGAUUGAGUUUUGAUGUUCAUGUGAUUAGGUUUAUCAUGUUUUCCGGCAGUUGAAUCCUCAUUUUUCAUGUCCUGCGCUCAUAAAUAUAAUUUGUUUUUGGCUUUCAAUGGUUGAAUUGGAUUUGGCAGCACCAAGGGUGUGGCUGUGUUUUAA